GGCGCGCCCCCGCCACUAUAACUGGAGUGCAUGGAGCAGACUGCGCUCAGAGGAGGAGGGGAGGGCGCUGGGCACCCGUUGACCGACUUAUCCAAGUGCCAUCAGCGCCCGUCCGUCACGCCCCCAUGGGCCCACCCGGGGGCGCCCACAGCUGAAGACCCGACGCCCGCUGAGCACCGGACAGGGUUGCACCCCGCCGCCGCAACGUGACCCCGCGGGGCUGGGCAGGCUCCCCGUGCCUCUUCCCGCAGCGCUCGCCGUCGGGCGAGGGCUCCACCGCCGCCACGCCUCGCGCCCCACACUCCCCGCCCCAUGCUGGUGCACACCUACUCCGCCAUGGAGCGCCCCGACGGGCUGGGCGCAGCGGCUGGCGGGGCCCGCCUGUCGUCUCUGCCCCAGGCGGCCUACGGGCCUGCGCCGCCGCUCUGCCACACGCCCGCCGCCGCCGCUGCCGCCGACUUCCAGCCUCCCUACUUCCCGCCGCCCUACCCGCAGCCGCCACUGCCCUACGGCCAGGCGCCCGACGCCGCCGCCGCCUUUCCCCACCUGGCCGCGGACCCUUACGGCGGCCUGGCGCCCCUGGCGCAGCCGCAGCCUCCACAGCCUGCCUGGGCCGCGCCCCGCGCUGCUGCCCGCGCCCACGACGAGCCGCCCGGCCUGCUGGCGCCGCCCGCCCGCGCCCUGGGCCUUGACCCGCGCCGCGACUAUGCCGCCGCCGUGCCCCGGCUCCUGCACGGCCUGGCCGACGGCGCGCACGGCCUGGCUGACGCGCCCCUCGGCCUCCCCGGCCUGGCGGCGCCGCCCGGCCUGGAGGACCUGCAGGUCAUGGAUGAGCCCGGAAUGAGCCUCCUGGACCAAUCCGUGAUCAAGAAAGUCCCCAUCCCCUCCAAAGCCAGUGGCCUUUCAGCCCUCUCGCUGGCCAAAGACAGCCUGAUUGGUGGCAUCACAAACCCCAGUGAGGUCUUCUGCUCCGUGCCAGGCCGGCUGUCGCUGCUCAGCUCAACGUCCAAGUACAAGGUGACAGUGGGGGAGGUCCAGCGGCGACUCUCGCCUCCCGAGUGCCUCAACGCCUCUCUCCUGGGUGGUGUCCUUCGCAGGGCCAAGUCCAAGAAUGGGGGCCGGUGCCUGCGGGAACGACUGGAGAAGAUUGGGCUCAACCUGCCAGCUGGCCGUCGCAAGGCUGCCAAUGUGACCCUGCUGACUUCACUGGUAGAGGGAGAGGCCGUGCACCUGGCCCGAGACUUUGGCUACGUCUGUGAGACUGAGUUCCCAGCCAAGGCAGCAGCGGAGUACCUGUCCCGACAGCAUGCUGACCCCGGGGAGCUGCAGAGCCGCAAGAGCAUGCUGCUGGCCGCCAAGCAGAUCUGUAAAGAGUUUGCGGACUUGGUGGCUCAGGACCGCUCACCACUGGGCAAUAGCCGCCCAGCACUCAUCCUGGAGCCUGGAGUGCAGAGUUGCCUAACACACUUCAGCCUCAUCACCCACGGCUUUGGUGGACCCGCCAUCUGCGCUGCACUCACUGCUUUCCAGAACUACUUGCUAGAGUCACUCAAAGGGCUGGACAAGAUGUUUCUAAGUAGCACAGGCAGUGGGCAUGGUGACACCAAGGCUUCAGAGAAGGAUGCCAAGCAUCGGAAAUGACCACCUCCCCCGCCCCAUCCCUAAGAGGCUCCCACGGCCUGCAAUGAGGUCUUAGCUCCUAGGGGUGGGCCUGAAAGGUUUAAAAGGUGGGGUUGGAGUCAGCCCAGAAAGAAAAACCCAAGUUAGGGGUCUGACUUGAAGAAGUAGGGGGUGGCCUCUGUGUGGUGGUUUAAGGGCACAGGCAUCUGCCUCAUGUGUGCAAUUUUCUGACCCUCAACUGCUGAGAAGUGUGUGGACAGGAAAUUGGAAUGGAAAACCCUGGCUCUUGGGGCUGAGCCCUGCCAAGUGGGGUGCCCGGGCAGCAAUCGGUGCUCCUAGGGCCGAGGCCUUGCAGUUUUUACUGAUGGUAGGAGAGGAAUUAACAGGCCAGAGGUGCUACUGAGGAGCUAGUACUCCUAAUCCCAGAAUCUCCUACCCCCAAAAAAGGGGCAUGGCAGGAGGCCCAGUGGGCUCUGUGGACCCCUCCCACUCUUGGAAAGAAGUGGGCAGGAGGAGUCCUCAAGGAACAAAGAGGAUAAAGCACAAAAAAGCAGAACUUGAAUCUAGACUGCACUUCACAGUCCUGUUGCUGUUUAUUUAUUUAUUUUGUAAUUAAAUUUGAAAAUUUAAAAAUGUCCAGUGCAACUUAUUUAUCCCAAUUAAUUGGACUCUUAUUUCACUGUUUUCUGCUCAUGUACGAAGAUGUCCACCAACUGGACCAGAAUGGAGAGGGUGUUUUUGCUCACAAAGGGCUAUGGGUGGGCCAGGAGGGAAGAAAGAUGUGUCAGGGACCCUGAGGUUGUCACUGGGAUUUUGUAUUUGCUGUUGUUCCUCUUGACUCUGCAGAUGUACCUCCCCAACUCUCAGACUGCUUUCUCAUUCUUAAUAAAACAUUUUCAUUGGA